CCGACUGUUUCCAUGAUUCAUCCAUAAUUGUACUCCCUCCCCCACCCCAAUCCCUCUUUCCCCACAUUUUCCAUUAAUUCCAUCUAUGCCAGAAUCACAAGCAGUGCAUCUAGCAACGUGGUACAAAGUCGCAACAUCUAUCCUUUUCUCCAUUCCAAGCAUUCCGAUGAAAUCAUUCUCACCUCACACAGUUUUGGACUUUGGACUUUACUUUUCACAUAUAUGCGCACGCCACCGAUGACUCGGCGGAUUGGAUUGGCAUUUUUAGCACUUCGGCGGUCGCCCUGACGGUCUUGUCACAAUUUGUGACAUUUGUGUUUUGUAUGGUUUUGAGUUUUGAGACGACCGGAGCCAGAUCACCGAAGCGUAAUUAUAGUGAUCCGAGAAGUGAGGAGCACAACUCGUUCCGUUGGGGUGGAAAGUACAAUUUGAAGAUCUGCGGCAAAAUUGAUUUUAGACCCACCACCAACAUGGAAAAUCCCCCUUGCAAUGCUGGUGAUAUCAACAAGUGGUCUGAAAGUGACCAGUGGUGUUUGCAGCAAGCAAAAAUAAGGGCCUCGCAUUUAAAAAAUUUGUACACCCUCGAGUGGCUGGCCCUGAGCGUCAUUGUGAAGCACUUGCAUCGAUUUGUCCACCCAGAUUCCUGCAUCUACUUGUCAAACUUGCCCUUAGAUGUUUAUGAGGAUUUGCUGGAAUUGAUGGAGGAAAGGAAUCAUAUUACAUGGACCCCUGACAAGGAGAUCAAUAAUAGCUUUGAUGUUGGACCCAAUUUGAAAGCACUUUGUCUUAUUCUCAACUCACGAAUUGACGAACUGUCACUUCAAGUUCUUCACCAUGAACCGCAUACGUUGAAGGAUUGGCCUCGAAUUCUGGAAGAGGCUCUGAAGGCUGUGUUGGACAAAGACGCUCCACUAACAAAACUGGAUUUGGGUGGCGAAUCCAUCAACCCUGAAAUUCACAAGUGCCACCAGGUUUUAGUGAGUCGCAGAAACUUGCAGCUCUUGACGAGAAUGAUUCAUUUGCAACACCUCUACCUAAACGCCAACCUGCUUACGGGCGUCAAUCUCAUCACGCUGGCCAAAGGACUUCCUCUUUUGGAAUAUUUGACUUGUGAAUUGCUGUACAAGAAGUCAAUUGGCAUUGCCUGUUUGGUGCUCUCUGUCCAGCUAUCUCUUGGUCAGUUCUUCAAAAAGAUGAAGGAAUUCUACUUUGCUGUGUGGAAGCAUGACAAGCAUGGACAUUUGGAAAGUUGUGAUUCGGAUCGAUCAACCAUCAUGCAAACCUGUCUUCUCAGCAAUCCAAACCUCUCAAUUGUGGGAGGAAGAAUUUCGGACAUUUCAAGAGCAAGUCACCUGUCACCACAAAUCAACCUUCAAACCUCUCUGAAACUUAAGCACCUUGUUGCCGAAAAAUCUCUUCCAAACAGGAUCAUCAGUAAAUUGCCCCACGUCACAGCUCUCAAGAUGUUCCUAAGUGAAAGUGAGGGACUUAACGAUGAGACAAUUUUCAAGGGUCUGACAAAUUUGGAUACCCUUCACAUCAUGCUGAAAAAACGCUAUGAAUUCGUAGUGCUUAUUGCCAUCAUCGCAUGUCACGGAAGAUGCCUCACAAAUCUGACCCUUGAGUUUGACGAUGGCGGAGAGACUUCAGAAGUGUUAGAUUUUUUCCAACCGUUGAUUGAAGUUUUGCACCUUGACCUUCUCCUCACUUUCUGCCCAGAGCUCAAAAGUUUCUCCGCCAUCAAGGUUAAUUGCAUUCAAUUUAUACAGAUGGCCUGCCAUAGGAGGACCUUCUCCACCCUAACAGAAAUCAAACUGGACUGUGUUGCAUUUAAUGCGGCUCCUGGUCUGCUCCGCAAGUUGCUAACAAUGCCAUCAGAGCUGCACAAAGUGGAGCUCUUUUUCACUGAAGUGGAAGAAGGAGAUAUGAGAGAACUGGCCGAGAAAGUCAAGAACAAGACUGCCCUGCAGCAUCUCGAGAGCUUUGAAAUGUCCCCCAACUCCUUUUGCACUAAAAAUGCCAUCAAAAUGGCUUGUCAACUUGUAAAGAAUUUGUGUGCCGUCGGCCCUUUCAGUUUGGAAACGGUUGAUCUAGACCUAGCUGAGCAAGAGGAAAAGUAUCCAGACGUUGAUUCAGAUGAAUGUCUACUUGCUUGCAUGAAACUGGCCAACUGUACUUCAUCAGUUGAUGACUAAUAUGAACCUCAAGACCUACAUUUUUUUUAAUAAUGAUAACGAUUAUUUUAUUUAGUGCCAAUAUUAAAUGUUUAUUUUAUUUUCUUUCAAGCUUUCAAGAUGUAACAAGAUUUUAUCAAUAAAAUUAGUGGC